AAACCUCUCAAUUGCAAUUACAAACCAGUAGUAAAUCAAUUAAUUCCACACUCUAAAAAUGAUUUCGAAAAUCGCGGUGCUCUCGUGUCUUUUGGCUGUAGUGUUGAGUGCCGCAUUGCCGCAGCAGGUCGCCCAAGAACCAGUGCCAAUUGUGUCGCAGGAAAUCAAUGUCGAACCAGACGGUAAAUUCCAGUGGAGUUACGAAUCUGGAGAUGGUACCAAGCAGGAACAAACCGGAGAACCGAAACAAAUAGAAAAUGAAAUCGGAGAGGCUAUCCAAGGGUCAGUAAGUUGGACGGAUCCCGAAGGAAACCAACACUCGCUGAAGUACGUCGCUGACGAGAACGGUUAUCAGCCCGAGAGUGAGGAUAUUCCCAAACCUCCAGAAAUUCCAGCCGCCAUUGCGAGAGCGCUCGAAUACAAUGCCGCUCAUCCCGAGGAAGAAGAAAAGAACUAAUCUUAUCCUCGAAUUAUUCGACUGUGUUGUAUUUAUGUUUGUUAAAUCCGUAUUUGUAUAUAAAUAUUUCUAUACCUUAAA